AUGGCAUUGUGUAUUGUGAUGGAUCCUGCCACAAUUGCUAGGACCAGCACUCAUCAGAUUGGAAGUAGGGUGGCAUGGAGCAGAAAUUAUGCGGCGAAAGAGAUCAAGUUUGGCGUUGAUGCUCGUGCUUUGAUGCUUAAGGGUGUUGAAGAGCUUGCUGAGGCAGUUAAAGUAACCAUGGGUCCCAAGGGACGUAAUGUUGUGAUUGAGCAAAGUUUUGGUGCCCCUAAAGUGACUAAAGACGGAGUCACUGUUGCUAAGAGCAUUGAGUUCAAGGAUAAAGUCAAGAAUAUUGGUGCCAGUCUUGUAAAGCAGGUUGCAAAUGCUACCAAUGAUGUUGCUGGUGAUGGAACCACUUGUGCUACAGUUCUUACCCGGGCAAUAUUUGCGGAAGGGUGCAAAUCAGUUGCAGCUGGAAUGAAUGCAAUGGACUUGAGGCGAGGUAUAAAUAUGGUUGUUGAUGCUGUCGUAACAAGCUUGAAAAGCAGAGCACGGAUGAUUAGCACUUCGGAAGAAAUAGCUCAGGUUGGGACAAUAUCUGCCAAUGGAGAGAGAGAAAUUGGUGGGUUAAUUGCAAAGGCCAUGGAGAAAGUUGGCAAAGAAGGUGUAAUCACAAUUGCAGAUGGCAAGACAUUGCUCAAUGAGUUGGAAGUUGUUGAAGGAAUGAAGCUUGACAGAGGCUAUAUUUCUCCGUAUUUCAUUACAAACCAGAAGAACCAGAAAUGUGUAUGUUCUAUAUCAUUGCCUCUACACAGCAUCAUUAGAAGUAUUUGCAUAUAAUACUUUCUAGCAAGCUUGU